AUGCCCGGAGCGGCGGCGGGGGCGGGGGCGGCGGGGGCGGCUCCCGGGGCCGCCUCGUCGGCGGGGGUCUCGUCGGCCGGGGCUCUGCUGCCGCCCCAGGAGGCGGCCAAGCUGUACCACACCAACUACGUGCGGAACUCGCGCGCCAUCGGGGUGCUGUGGGCCAUCUUCACCAUCUGCUUCGCCAUCGUCAACGUGGUGUGCUUCUUCCAGCCCUACUGGAUCGGCGACGGCGUGGAGACGCCUCAGGCGGGCUACUUCGGGCUCUUCCACUUCUGCACGGGCAGCGGCUUCUCCCGGGAACUCACGUGCCAGGGCAGCUUCACGGACUUCUCCAGCCUGCCCUCGGGAGCCUUCAAAGCCGCCUCCUUCUUCAUCGGGCUCUCCAUGGUGCUCAUCAUCUCCUGCAUCGUCUGCUUCAUCCUCUUCUUCUUCUGCAACACGGCCACCGUCUACAAGAUCUGCGCCUGGAUGCAGCUGACCUCCGCUGCCUGUCUUGUCCUGGGCUGUAUGAUUUAUCCUGAUGGCUGGGAUGCAAAGGAGGUGAAACGGAUGUGUGGUGAAAAGACAGACAAGUACACAUUGGGGGCUUGUUCAAUCCGCUGGGCGUACAUUCUGGCCAUCAUUGGAAUCCUGGAUGCCCUGAUCCUCUCUUUCUUGGCAUUUGUACUUGGCAAUAGACAGGACAGCUUACUAGCAGAGGAACUCAAGCUGGAAAACAAAGUUCUGCUAAGCCAAUCCUCACUAGAAUGAGCACAAAACAAAACCAAGUAACAGCUUUUGUACAUCAGCAUUAAAUGGGAAGACGCUUGGGAAGGGAGCCUGUGAUGGAGAAUGUAACACAGAAUAAAAAGUCUGACUGCCAAGAGCUGCCUUCUAAACACAGUGAAGCCAGACAUGCAAGUGGUUCUCUGGAGAGAGAUUCGAUCCUGGAUUUACCCACCAGCUCAUUAGGAACUGUCACUGGAUGCAACAUUCAGAAGGCAUGCAUGAAAAGUCACAUAAGGGGAAUAAAUUUUAAACGGGGGUAUAGUUGUCACUAGGUAAACAUAUUAAUAUACAUGCACCAAGGAGGUUUGUAAAAAAAAUAUUAUUAUUUCAACUGAAAAGCAAAAUCCUUUAAGAUAAAGCAUUUCACAAGGCGGGGGCAGUUAACUCAGAGAAUUCCUGUUCCGGCCACCAGGAACCAGAGAGGGCAUCAUCCAGCAUCGCUGCAGAAAAGACUCUCUUACGUUUCAGGUUACAGAGGAAAUGGCGUAAACUUUUUGAACCCACCAUUGCUGCACCUCAUUUGGCCUUUGAAACACAAUGCUUCUUUAUUCUUUGCCUACAUGUUCUGUUUACUCUCUGUGCGUAGCGACUCUGUGGCUGUUUCAGACUCGAAUUCUCAUUCUGCAAAGGCUCUGAGAUGGUGGCUCCCAAACUGCGAAAUCUCCGUGAGAAGGAAACAUGAAAACCCGUAAAGUGACGAGUGACCCAUCUCCUUCCACAAUUCUUUCGCAGGCUAUUCCAGAGAUUCAUUGGGGACCUUCUUUACCCAAUAGGUUCCUUGUAGCAUGUCUCCUUUCCCCUCCUUGCCUCCCAGUCAAAUUAUAAACUGUGGAGGGAAGAGAGCUCAGAUAAGGUAAGGUUGAGAACGGAGGUGUAAAAGAUAGGCCCAAGACAUUUUUGUGCCUGAAGCAGACAGUCCAAAUGUGUCUGUCGUGUGUGUGUGUGUGUGUGUGUGUGUGUGUGUUUAAGAUAAUAUUUCAAGAAAUUGCUACCCCAGAUCUGCCUCCUGAAGCAAACUCAGCCAGCUCCCUCAUGUUGAGUUGGCAGUUGGGGGUAAGUGCUGCUGACGUCUAGUGGGAAGCCAUUUUGCAAAACAUGACACAGUAAGGUUGGUAAACCAUGUAGAGUUAGUCUUGGCAUCCGAAAUGUAACCAUGUAAGAGCUGACGUGACACACUUUUACCGUUUCUCUGAUCUGAGAGAAGGAAAUGGACGUUCUUUACAAAUAGCAAUGAAAGGACUGCUUGAAAUAAUUAUUCCAACUAGCUCAAAGUAGAGAACAAAGAGAGCUAACUCUGGGCAGCUACGUUUUUAUUGUAUCAUUGCCACACGAGGCUUUGAGGCAAACCAGUCCAUUGUGGGAAUCCAUUUGAAUGGGGGAAAUACAUAAGAGGUACAUUUCUGCUCUCAGUGAUAUUUUCUUCAGCCAGUUUUAAAGCGCCAUCUUUCUGCUCCUCUGCUGCCUUUAGAAAACUUGACUUUAAGUAAUGUAUUAUCAGUAUGGCUCCCUCCAUGCACAACAUCGCACAAUGCUUACUAAUUACUUAUACCAGACAGAAACUGGUAACUGUUUGCCACAGGUGGGCACUACGUAAGGAUGCGCUACUUCUCCUUUACAACUCUGGUUCACCAUUCACCGCUGCAUCUAGCAUAAGAAAAUCACGCUGUAAUAGAAGGGGUUUUGGGGAAAACAAGCUAGAUUUUGCAUUUUUGAAUAAAUCUGCAGAAAGCCA